CAGAAGGCUCGGCACUUCCGGGAGCGCCGCGUGGGUCUCUUCCGCCUGCGAGCUGGCGUCAUGGCGGUCUUCACUGGCCCGGCCAAGCCGCUCCUGUCCCUAAACCCGCAGGAGGAUACCAAGUUUAAGAAGGAGGUGGCGCAGGUUCGCCGGCGCGCAAACAAGCAACAGGAGAAACAAAAACUUACUCCUGGAGUGAUCUAUGUGGGCCAUUUACCUCCGUCGCUUUAUGAAACCCAGAUCCGAGCAUAUUUCUCCCAGUUUGGCACUGUUACAAGAUUCAGACUGUCCAGGAGUACCAAGACUGGAAAUAGCAAAGGCUAUGGUUUUGUGGAGUUUGAAUCUGAAGAUGUUGCCAAAAUAGCUGCUGAAACGAUGAACAACUACCUUUUUGGCGAAAGACUCUUGAAGUGUCAUUUUAUACCACCUGAAAAAGUACAUGAAAAACUUUUUAGAGAGUGGCAUAUGCCAUUUAAAAGGCCAUCAUAUCCAGCAGUGAAACGGUAUAAUCAGAAUCGGACACUUCUUCAAAAGCUACGGAUGGAAGAGCGAUUUAAAAAGAAGGAGAAAUCACUCAGGAAGAGAUUGGCUAAGAAGGGAAUUGAUUAUAACUUCCCUUCACUGGUCUUACAUAAAAAUGAGGAAAAUGCUUCAAACACUGGUCCUCGAAAUUCCAGAAAGCACCAGGCUUUACGUAAGAAGAAGAAAAAAGAGGCUUUGGUCACUCCUAACACUCCUGAGAAGACUGUGGAUAGCCAGGGCCCCACGCCGGUUUGUACACCAACAUUUUUGGAGAAGCGAAAAUCUGAAGUGGCUAAAAUGAAUGAUGAUGAUAAAGAUAAUGAGAUAGUUUUCAAACAGCCCAUAUCUGGUGUAAAAGAAGAAACAAAAGACACUCAGACGCCUACAAGCUCAAGGAAAAAAAGACGAAAAAAAAGCAACCAGUAAUUCUGAAUGUAUCGUGUGUGGUGGUUGAUCUGAAAAAGGUGAUUUUAUUAUGGAGGCUGAUUCUUUGUAUUUAACUAGAUACGGUGGAAUGCAUUUAGUAACAAGAUGGUUGGAGAAAAAAACUGUCAAUUCAAGUCAGCAGGGAGAGCAGUCAGUGAUUUUGGCUUCCUGCCCUCACAGAAAUGCAGGGGUGAGCACCAGCUCACAGCAGCCCGGCUCACGCUGCCUGUGUCCUGUCUCUACGGCUCUCUUCAGCUUUCAUAGCUGCCUUUGGUUGCUCUGCCUGGGUAGCUUAAGUACUAGGCUCUAGCCUUUGUUGUUACCAUCAAAUAAAGAAAAUAAAAUCUUUAUUAAGUGACCAUGUAAGUGGUUCUCUGUUAGACUCAUCAGAUGGCUGAAACUGGACAUUAAAUUGUAUGAAGAGUGAGAAGGCAGUGUCACUAUUAAUAGGGAUUCAUUUAUGUAUAUGUGAUCAUGUUUACCAAUGUUAAGUUAGUUUGGGGUGGGCUAGCAUGGAUUAAUUAAUAACUACAUCCUGUAUCAGUAUCAUCAAUCUGGAAUUAAACUUCAAGAUUAAAGCAGUGACCACCAGGUAAA